UUUGUUGGCGGGUUUGAUGAGUGGCUGCGCAAUUAAGUCGAACCAGCGCAGCAUUUCAUUGGUAUUCGCGUAUCAUUUUUCACAAAGUUCUGAACGAAAAGAGAACGAUCGUCGGGAACGUGUUGUUUUUAAUAUUUAACCUUUAGAUUGGCGACGGACCUGCUCGUGACAGGAUUAGAUAGUGCAGAGUGCCUUAUCAGUGUCUGUUUUGCGAUUCUUACGAAUUAACAAAUCUCAUACAGUGUACGUGAAAGUGUAGAAAGUUGAAUUUUUAACACAUUUGAAGGAAUCAACAAGGAAAAACUAAAAACAAUCGAGAAGUCACACCUACAGUUUGAAGGCCAAUACACAACACAAGUUUUCUUUCUUGUUAUUUGGAAAGAUUUCUGGGAGGGCAGUUAUGCUAGUGGUAACCACCCGUUGGUGUAAUGGUCACAUUUGCUGAAUCGUACCAAGUAUCUUGUGUCGAUAAUGAAGAUGCUCAUGGCCGAGAAGCAGAAGAUUCAAAUGAGGAGUGCGACUCGUCAUCGUCUUCGUCAGAAGAGGAGGAAGAAAGUGGUGCAGUGGUAUUAGUCGACGACAUAGCAAAAUCAAAACCCUCCUUUGGUAAUGUUACGGUGUCGAAUUCGUCGGACGUGCAUUUUGGCAACAAAACGUUUUAUCAAGGACCAGUGACCAUCAAACAGAUCGUGUAUGCAAAGAAUGGUCGCAAUGAGACGUUAACUAGUGAUGACGGUAGUGUUUUAAGAGACGAUAGGUUGAUCUUGGACUGUGCUCAAAUUGGCGAAGAAAAAUUUAACGAAGGCUUUGUUAACGAUGAACAGGACAAAAACAAAGUUUGUGGUCAGAAUGGGAGAGUUGUGGGAGGCGCUUAUCAGCCGCAAGGUUUAGGUCAUAAAUGGAUGGGAGGUCUUUCUCGGCAACAAACUCUGUUAAUAGGAAUAUUAGGAAUUUUGUUUCUUCUUUCAUUGGUGAUAUUAAUUGUCAUUUUAACAGUAAAACAUUUUGAAUCGUUUAAUGACAACAACAAUCAAAAUGACGAUUCCCCAGCGGACUCAGAUGGCGCGAACGGAACAUUGCCAAACAACGUAAGGAUUAUAUCCCGUCUGGAGUGGGUCGCUCAGCCUCCCGUACAAACUCCUAACGAGCUCACUCUUCCCGUAUCUUACGUCAUAAUAUGGCACACUGCUACAGAGAAUUGUAGCGAUCAAGCAGCCUGUAUUUUACACGUACGUACAAUUCAAACGUUUCAUAUUGACAGUCGUCACUGGUGGGACAUCGCGUACAAUUUUUUGGUCGGUGGAGACGGAAACGCUUACGAAGGAAGGGGUUGGACGAAAGAAGGGUCGCACACGCACGGUUACAAUAAGAAUUCCAUCGGGAUUGCCUUUAUAGGAACUUUCAUAACGGUCAAACCGCCAGAACGGCAACUAAAUGCGUGUAAGGCUGUUAUAGAUAUGGGUGUAAAACAGGGAUACAUAGCAAAAGAUUACAAGCUCCUCGCAGCGAAACAAUUGAUAGGGACGCAAGCACCCGGAGCCGUUCUGUACGAAGAAAUUAAAACUUGGCCUCAUUGGUCUGCGCUGCCUUGAAAACAAGCAAUAGAGAAAACAACAACAACCCAAAGUCAAAAUCCUUUUGUUUCAUACAGGAUAUAUAUAAUAUCCCAUAAAGGCUGUGAGUUACAGACAUUAAAGGUUACUGAUACUAACAUUAUGUAAUAUGUAAAUAUUUGUAUGCUUUAUGUUGUAUAAUACGAAUUAUAUAUGUAAAUAGAGUGAAAUAUAAGCAAUACUUAAAUACC